UGGCCGGAAGCUGGAUUUGUUCCCCGGCAGAUUUAAAAGUUCAUGACAUCAUUCGCUAUUGAGCUGCUCGUGUUGUGCUGAUUUGUCAGUGUUCUUAGUGUCUGAUGACUGUCCGGCAGCUGAUCGGCUUAUAAGGAGCUUCAUCUCUAAGGACAGGACAGGCCUUCUUUGACAUAAGAGAAACUGCAAACAUGGCUGUUGAUGAUUACAAGGAGCUGCUGAAACAUUAUGAAUUGCAUGAAACAAUUGGUGCAGGAGGCUUUGCAAAAGUCAAGCUUGCGACCCAUCUUCUUACUGGUGAAAAAGUGGCUAUCAAAAUCAUGGACAAAGAGUCCCUUGGGGAUGAUUUGCCUCGAGUCAAAACCGAAAUUGAUGCAAUGAAGAAUCUAAGUCAUCAACACGUCUGUAGACUCUACCAUGUAAUUGAGACCCCAAAGAAGAUUUUCAUGAUCCUUGAGUAUUGCCCAGGUGGUGAAUUAUUUGACUACAUUAUUGCCAAGGACCGACUAACUGAAGAAGAGGCUAGGGUUUUUUUCCGACAGAUCGUAUCUGCUGUUGCUUAUAUCCAUAGUCAAGGAUAUGCACACAGAGAUCUCAAACCAGAAAAUCUCCUUAUUGAUGAAGAUCAGAACUUGAAGUUAAUAGACUUUGGUCUAUGUGCAAAGCCAAAGGGUGGAAUGGAUUAUCACCUAAUGACCUGUUGUGGCAGUCCAGCAUAUGCAGCCCCUGAAUUGAUACAAGGAAAAGCAUAUAUUGGUUCGGAGGCAGAUAUUUGGAGCAUGGGUGUGCUUAUGUACGCACUGAUGUGUGGAUACCUUCCCUUUGAUGAUGAUAAUGUAAUGGUUUUGUAUAAGAGAAUAAUGAGGGGAAAAUAUGACAUCCCAAGAUGGCUUUCUCCAGGCAGUGUGCUGCUCCUUAGCCAAAUGCUUCAGGUGGAUCCCAAGAAAAGGCUUUCCGUGAAGCAUCUUUUAAACCACCCUUGGCUUCUGCAAGGUUAUAACUGUCCAGUGGAGUGGUACAGUAAAUGGCCUCUUGGCUACAUGGAUGAAGACUGUAUUACAGAGAUGUCCGUAUACUUCAAACGCAGUAAACCGAGUAUGUCAAACCUGAUAUCUGAGUGGAAUUAUGACCAUACAACAGCCAACUAUUUAUUGCUUCAAGCUAAGAAAAGUCGAGGAAAAGCUGUUCGUUUUAUACGCUCUUCAGUCAUUUUGGAGCCCUCUGCCUCCAGUUUUAAGGAACAUGGGUCAAGGCAGAAACUGGAUUUUGAAGGUGGCAAUCAAGGUGAACUCCCAUAUGUGUUUGGAUCCAUGGAUUUCUCAGAUGAUGAGCUGUUUUAUGAGGACUGCACGUACAGCACUACUGAACAAGAUAAGUUCUCUAGAUAUCGUUAUGAGCUUCACAGUGUGGACUCUGCCACUGCAACACCAAUAAAGUCAGUAAUGCCAACAAAGAAAAGUGAAGAUAAGGAAAAUUCUGGCUCAAAACUGCCCAAAAAUGAAAGCCCCUUUUUGCCGCCAGCUCCUUGGACACCAUACUCCAAGAAGAAAGGAAUAUUAACUACCCCCAACAACAAUGUUUUGGCUUCUGCAAAAGACAAAAGCUGCUGUACUAAGGAUACUCCCAACAAAAAACCUGUUCUGGUGAAUGAUGACAUUACAACAGGUGUAAUAAGCCCUGAAAGGCGUUGCCGCUCUGUGGAAUUGGAUUUAAAUCAAGCACAUCUUGACAGUGCUCAAAAGAAAAAAGGAGGCAAGGUGUUUGGGAGUCUAGAACGAGGACUAGAUAAAGUCAUUACAAUGUUGACACCAAGCAAGCGUAAAGCAUGUGCAAGAGAUGGACCCAGAAAACUCAGGGCCCAUUAUAACGUAACAACGACAACUUUAUUGAAUCCCGACCAUAUACUAAAUGAGUUGACCAGAGUUCUUCCACUGAAGAAUGUGGAUUAUGUCCAAAAGGGGUAUAUCCUAAAAUGCAAAACGCAGUCUGACUUUGGAAAAGUGACCAUGCAGUUUGAACUGGAGGUGUGCCAGGUGAACAAGCCAGAUGUGGUGGGGAUUAGAAGGCAACGUCUUAAAGGUGAUGCUUGGGUUUACAAGAGACUAGUGGAAGACAUCCUAUCAAGCUGCAGGAUGUAAUGGUUGCCUACUAAAACUGUAACAUUAAGAGGCGUUUUUAGAGCGUUCUUUUCUGUACUAUAUCUGUACAUUUGUACAACUGUAGGGCAUGAAUUGUGCUGCAAUAAGCAAUCAAUUUUGUGAAUAAGUGUAAAAAACAAUUGUUUUAAUUGCGAUUUUUAUGUUAUUGUUUAAAUGUCUGUCUGUCCUGAUUUAUAUGUUUUGAAAUAAAACACUAAAACAAUAAACCACUAAAAAAAAUA